AUGUUAUCCCUGUCCACACAAACCUCCCAAUGGGAAUGCUGUGAUUAUUCGAAGAUUGGAACUCAAGUCAUAUUUUGCGGAGGUUCACUUGGACUGGGCAAGGUCUAUCAGUUGAAAGAAUCCAUCACGCACGUCAAACCUCUAUUCCUCCUCCGAGCUUACCGAGUUUUCAUUGAUAUCAUGCCGCGAAUCCCGACGCGGACAACACCUUACGAUACACCCACACGACAGCACAGGCAUUUCAAAAAUAAACGGGAUCAAGUACUCCGUGCCCUGGGCCGAUCAUCUUACAUCAAUGGUUCCCAAUUCGCGAUCAUGUGGGUUUCAGCUCGCGGAGAGACAGAGACUUACGCUUCUCCCGUUCUGCAAGGUCUGUUGGAGUCGGAGCCGGGCCAACCUGCUCUGUUCUCACCUGAGAUUCUACAAAGAGCCAAGGAAGCUGCAUUGAAGGCUCCGCCUGAACUCAAAGUGUCAGAAAUAUGCUUAGAGCACAUCAGGAAACCACUGCCUCGCGCUGAGGCUCCUCCUGCGGUUUCGCCAGUCCAAUCAGACUCUCGGAGCGCGUUAUCGGGCAAGGGCGGGGUUGCCUCAUCUUCUCCCAACCAAGAUGAUCCCGGACCUCCAGGAACGGCAGAAGUGGAAGCUUCGGCGAUUGAAAGACCACCCUCAGAGGAAGGCCUUGUUGCAGCAUCUUCUACUUCCGAUUGCAGCAUGGAUGAGCCCUCACCGUUCUUAAACGGUGACUCGGCGUUGUCUUUACAUCGUUAUGAGCAGUCGGACCCACGGUUGUCUCCAAAGUAUCUCUCAGGGCCUCCGGUUAAUCUUUCCAUUUCGCCCACCUCACCCGUUUGCUCUGGAUCUAGAGAGGAGGGUGCAGAAUUUCUAACCCAGGAUGAUCCGAAGGGUUUCGAAAAAAACUAUAGAAUAAGCGGCACGGUCACAGAUCCAAUUUCAUUAGACAGUAGGAAAAUAGAAGAGAAUAAACCAAAUUGUAUGUUCCAGAAUGACAUUCUCCCUAUGGAAUCGCAAUCCGCUAUGCCAGAAAUCUCAAGGCCUCCUGAGGCUCUCAACGAAGAAGCAAUUCUAUCGCAAUCAAGAGUUCAAGAGUUCGAUCACACCAUCAAGCACAUCGAAUUUCAACCCACAAGAGACAACGCGUCGAAUGAUUCCCCAACAAUCAUAUCCUUCUCUAGCCCUCUUUCGAUUGCAAGUUUCCUUGAGAACAAAUUUCGCCAACUUCAACAAAAUACUUGUAAACUGGUCUGUAAAGCUUGGAUUAAAGUUAUUGAACCUAAGAAGCAAAGAAAGUUCCCCUACCGAAGUGGAGAAACUAGUAAACCAGAUUGGUGGCCACGAGGAGUGGUCCAUCGCGAACCCGAUCAUCUUCUCAAGCCUGAUAGAAUCAAAUUGAUGUUGGCUGUUCUGGGCGCGGGCAAGGUCCCAGUUGGCAGGCUCGAGCUUGCUUCCGCCGAGAUGGCGGCGUUCAUCCCGCCGGACAAAAUGGAUGUCCUGAAAGACAUCUAUACCGUGGCCAAGGAGGAAGAGCGGCUAAGAUCCACGUGGCCAGUGGGAGUUAACUUUGUCCCAUUCCAAGUCGAAUUGAGUAAUAACUCGUCCGAGGUACCGUCGAAGUCGUCCGGGUCACCCCAAACCAUGAAUUCCGAUGUUUUGAGCGCCUCCCCGAGGAUGGUUCAUCACUUGCCCAAUGUUCUGAAUCCGGGAGAAGCAGCUGUUAAUUUCCUGGGAGCAGUUUCUUCAGACGUACAUCCUCACGAGGAAUGGCCUACGAGCGUGCUGCCGGGAUAUCUGAACAGCAUUGAGCAUCCUACAUCUUUCACUCAAGGAAAGCCAAGCGGCUUUCUGCCCGGCGACUAUAACGCCUAUGUCAACAACAUGAUCACAGAUUGUCAUAAACCUUGGGCGAUGAAUCCCGGAAUUUUUCAAGAAAGCAUGACGGCAUCGAAUCAAGCAAAGAGAACCGGACGACCAGGUCAAAAUAUCUUAGAAAAUAUAGAAUCACUUAAUCAAGGCACGCCAGCUACCGGUGGAUAUAACUUUCCCCACAAUCUUCAGACAUCGUUUACCCACGAACUGCUUUCUUCAAACAUGGAAGGGGGUUCGAGUAAAGAGUCGACCUCAAAUUCAGCAACCCACGAUCAACCGUUCUUCCAGGAAUUCUCUACGCCAGAAAACACUGCUUGGGGAAACUGCGGGAUGUUUUUCGAUAACGGGGUCAACAAUGAAUGCACUCAGAAUUUGUGGAGAAACGUAACGAUUCCUUCAAAUUCAUUCGAAAGCUCCAAGGUUCUUUCGGAGGAGUCUUAUUUGGUUUAG